GGGAUGUUUUGAGAUUCAAAACAGGAGUUUGUUUGGGUUAUUUUUGGCUUUUAAAAUAUUUCAUACUUGAAUGAAUUUAGGCAAAACACUUAGUUCGCUCGCUUGGUUAGUGUAGACAAUUGUCGUUACUGCCGCAUAAUGCCAAGAGUCUUUGAAUUUGGAGUACGAUGCGAAACAAACUCAAGCGGAGCAACAAAUGUAAAGAUGCUCGAUGUCCGAGCAAAGAGCAACCGAGAACAGGCGACGUUAUAAGGUUGGUGUUGUCAGAGUCGAGAUGCUCCGAUGAUGAAAGAUCACCAGAGAGAGAUUCAGCCUCGCAGGCUGCAGGAGACACACAGGUUGCUCAUGCAGGCAUCUCCACCACACAAGUUAAACACAUUCAGGAGCAGAGGAAGACUUUUUGCGCAAAAGGUAUUAAAAUUGCACCAAUUUUCUUACAAACAACAAAGCACAGCAAGAGUAAACGGAGCCGUGAUAUGAAACUCGAUCAGCCUGCAGACAAGGAGCAGGAGUUAGUGGUCCCUGAUGUGCAGGUGGUGAAAAGUCAGCAGCGUGUAUCACCUACAGCUUCUCACCUGUCAGAGAGAAAGAGAUCCUGGAGAGCACAGCUGUCAGCCUCAGCUCUGCACACCUGCAUGGAGCAAAUCCAAACCUCCAACCCAGCGUUAUCAGUCCAAACAUUGUUCAGUAUUUUGCACAAGAAAGCAAGUGAGAAGCUGCAGAACGUGGGAUCCACAGCAGAAAGCUCCCUUCAAAUCCACUUAACUGAGAAGAGAAAACGGGUAAAUGAAAAAUUUGAGAGGGUGCCCAAACGUCUGAGGUCUAGUGUGUCAGCCGAGGAUGCCGUUGGUAUGGGUCACUGUCCCGUGUCACAAAUUAUCCAGGAAAGCCCUGUCCCGAUGGUCCAACAGCAGCGCAGAAGCAACAAGCUAAGUCGUACUCACAGACUGAGGCAGCAAAGUGGGAGCCCAGCAUGCCUGGUGAACCACUGUGAGCCCCAUCCUCUACUGGUGGAUCAAUCAGAGUCCUGCAUCCACUCACUCAAAACCUCUGACAUCCUUCGAAGAGAUCCCAGUUUUGAGGAGGUUCUCUGGACGGACAAAUACUGUCCUCAGCAUUCAAGUGAAGUCAUUGGCAACUCCGCCUGUGUGAACAAACUCCAAAGUUGGUUAAAGAAAUGGAAACUAAGAGCUGACUGUGAUGAAAGGAGAAAAAUGGAGGAGAAGAAACAAGAAGAUAACAGCAAUGACUCAUGGGACUGUGGAGAUUUCCAGGGUGAGGCGGUGGCAGAGGUCAACAGAGAGGAGCCGCUCUGCAACACCAUGCUGAUCACCGGACCUCUAGGAGUGGGAAAGACCGCCUCGGUGUACGCCUGCGCCCAGGAGCUUGGCUUCAAGGUAUUUGAGGUGAACUGCUCCUCACAGCGCUGUGGUCGCCAUGUUUUGUCCCAGCUGAAGGAAGCUACCCAGUCCCAUCUAGUGGAGAUGCAAGGGAAGGACCCACUGAAACCAACCUACUUCAACAACUACAACAGCAACAGCGGCACUCCUAGAUCUGACAUUUUACCUGGAAAAACAGUACGUCCCAAAAACAUCACCUGUACCUCCAAAAAAAGAGCAGCUCAGAACUUAGCUCACCCUAGUCGCAAAGGAAAAGCAAAUCCAGCCACAGUCACUUUGAACAACUACUUUAAGAUGAAGGCCAAAGCAGACCGCUUACACUUCGGUGAUUUAUUGCCAUCUGAUGAACCAGACGGCUGGAAAUCCGGCAACCAAUCACCAGGCUCUGAUCAAACGCUGCCACAGAACAAAAAGACUGCCACGUCGCUCAUUCUGUUUGAAGAGGUUGAUGUCAUAUUUGAUGAUGAUGUGGGUUUUUUUUCGGCCAUAAAAACAUUCAUGACGACAACUAAAAGACCGGUCAUUCUCACCACCAAUGAUCCCUUAUUCAGGGAGAGAUUUAACUGCAGCUUGGAGGAAAUCAUUUUCAAAACCCCAUCAGUGGCCAACAUCUGUGGCUACCUGCAGCUGGUGGCUUUGGCUGAGAGUGUGCAGCUGGAGCUGGACGAUGUCAGCAGCCUCGUCCGUCUGUGCAGAGGGGAUGUGAGACGCUGUCUGCUGCAGCUGCAGCUCUGGCUGCACAGCGGUGUUGGACGGACAUCUGAUUUGAGUGUCAGUAAAAGAGGACAUGAUGUACACCUCCAGCUUCCUAAAUCUGACCCAUGCUGUGCUGCUAGCAUACUGGGUCUCCAACCUGUGACCCAAAACCAACUGGUAAACCUUUUACAGGCUAUGUUUUGGUCUGAAAAGGACAUGGAUCAGCUCCUGAGGCUUCUAGCUGAGAGCUGGAGAGGCGGUGUUCCUCUUCUGUACUCAAACCUGGAGCUUCUUCUACCCGUCGGGGCCCGGGGGACUUGUGCUGGGCUGCAGAGGGAGCCCGCACCCUCCGAAAUCGGUCUUCACAUUAAGCAGCUUAAUGUCAGUGGAAAGGCAUCAGCCCCCAACAGCAAAUCUGUUAAGAAUAUCUCCAGGCUUAGCAGAAAGAAAUACAGCCCAGGAAUGAUUGAUGCCACAUCAUUAUCCAGUUUGACACAAAGACCGCCAUUAUCAUCAGAAGGGGCUCUUUCAGCUGCCCCUACUGAAAGAGACAAGACUGAAGCAGCCAAAGUGGAAAUGGACUCCUUGGACGCUUUGACAGAUUUCUUUGACCUAAUUUCGUACCUUGAUUCCACAAUGCCAGCUGCAGCAGCCUCGCUCAUUUCAGGCCAACCCGAGAGGUUUGUCUGGACGGGGGCUGAUGUAAAAGAUGGCAUGACGGAUGAGAUGAGUGCAGACAAUGAUGUGUGCAGGACUUGGAGCCAUGAGAGGCUGCUGGACAUUCAGGCUGCUGUUGAAGGCUUGGGGUUUCAUAGGUGCUGCUGUCAAGUGUCUGAGGCGUGGAAUGAAGCCCAAAACUACAGACAGGAAGUGGGAGAAGCAAGUUGGCGGAGGCUAGGGGAGAGAGUGACAUUACCUGCCUGUUCCAAAAAACAGAGCCUCAGCUUUAGUUUUCAACCUCUGUGUGCAGCAAGUGUGUGCAAGCGGAGGUACGAGCUGAGCAGGAAAGUGCUCGGCAAUAAAUCCUUCGGCCUGCUUGGGAACAGACGAGCAGUCACUGUGGACUACAUGCCGGUCCUCCGAUACAUCUGCCGCUCUCAGAGAGUGCGGGAACAGACAGAGGAGCCAGUCGGGUGUCUGAACUACCUCAGCAGUACACAGGUGGGUCUCUCGAAGACAACCAUCCAACUCCUGGCAGAAGAUUUCCCGUAGAGAACCUCACACACUACCUCAAAACCUCAGUAAUUCAUUUUUUUCUUCUGUGUAUUUAUUUAACUCCUAACUAUCUCCAGCUUAAGAUGUUCAAAGGAAUUUGAUGCAGCUCAGAUGAAAAUCAUGUUUUAUUUCUGUGAAAAGUAAAUCAAAUAAAAUUAUAUUUUUGUAAAUGAA